CCUCCAUCGGUCAUUGCAUCGUGGCCGGCACCUCAGUACAACCACCCUGCAAUUGAACGGAAAUGGAUGCCACAGUUUGGAGCCAUAUGGAUUGCGGCAUCAACGAUCCUGGUUGCUGGCCGGCUCUAUCUUCGAGCCACUCGUCACGCCGGCUCGCUAGGGCUAGAUGAUGCCCUCAUCAUUGUUGGCUGGCUGUUCGCUGUCGCCCUGACCGUGACCGCGUUCAUUGAUGCGGGUGAUUAUGGCUUGGGCCGGCAUACAUGGGAUGUUCGGUUGGAAUGGUACAGUGGUGCAGCAUUGAUGGGCUUUAUUGCGCAACUGUUCUUCCUCAUCAGCACCUGUGCCACGAAAUGCUCGGUCCUUCUGUUCUAUCGCCGAAUGGUGGACCAGUCGGGACGAUGGAUCUACGCCGUUUAUGGGGCGCUCGCGUUUACCGUUUGCUACUUCAUUGGUAUCUUACUCGCAUACUGCUUGAUUUGCCAACCGCUCUCGGCAUACUGGCUCUCGUACGACUUUAGGUACGACAAACCCUACAAGUGCAUUAACGAUGGCACGGCUUUGAGCAUUUGCGUCGGAGUCUUCAGCGUCAUAAGCGAUCUGUACGCGGUGAUCUUACCGUAUGUGAUUCUCCGCCGCUACGACCUGCAUGCCUCAAGACGUCAAGAGAUUGGUCUCAACAUACUCUUCAGUUUGAGUCUCUCUGUUGCGGGAGCGGGCAUUGCAAGGACGUACUACCUCUGGCAGAUCAAUCACACCUACGACACGAGCUGGGCUGGCUUUAAUCUGUUCGCCUGGUCAUUGGUGGAAUGCCAUUUAGCCAUUCUCUGUGCCUGCGCUCCGCACCUGCGCGCAUUCUUCCGACGGUACCUGAGCGAUCCUAUCAAUCGC